AUGCGCCCGACGUGCCCGCCUCCGACCAAGCAGUACGUCGCGGCCCAACGGGCGGAGCACACCAAGCUGGAUGCUGGAUGCCCGGACGCCUACGCGGUCCUCCGCGAGCAGGCGCCGUUCUGGAUGCUGCAAGCGCAGAUUGCCUACUCGGUGCCAGACAGCUCCGAAGACUGCGCAGACUUUGAGAUGAAAAAGGUGGAGAAGGAGUACAACACGGUCUCCUUCACCGAUACGAUCACGAAGCUGCAGCAGGACAUGCAGCCGGGCCACCUACCUGGUGGCGGGUACCUUGCGAUGGGCUCGUUUUUCAAAGGCAGUGGCAACGCCGCUAAUACGCUGAGACUCCAGGGCCGCUACUACCUGACUGCGGUUGGUUCGGCGGACUGGACGAUGAAGAACGAGUGGAGCCACGUCGAGUUCGCUCCGAGGGACUCCUACAUUCUCGCAUUUUCCGGCACCGAGAACAUUCCGAAACCGAGUUUCGAAGCCGGCGAGGACUUUGAUUGGAGGCCGGUGGAGGUGCCGGCUGACUUCUACCCCCCUGGGUAUGUGGGUCCCAAGGCGCACAACGCCAUGUUUGAGGGAGUCACGUGCGGCGAAACUAUGACGGGGGCGCUCAUGCAGGCAGGCUUCGUACUUGCGGGGACCGACUCGCCCAACGUCGGCCGCCCAAAGGAGAUCACGAUCGUGGGGCACAGCCUUGGGGGCGGGCAGGCGCAGCUCGCGGCGGUGCACAUCGCUCUCAAGUACAACGCCAAGGUGCGGGUCAUUACUUACGAGUCCAUCAUGGCCUUCACGCCAGAGACGGCCAAGUGGAUUGUGGAGGGGUCCGAGGGAUCGCACCCGCAUGACAAGCUGAUCUGGCCGUGCGAGCAUACGGUGACCACUGCCUUCCCGGACGUUGGCGGCAAGAUCGCCGCGCAGCGCUGGGUCGAGAAUGAUUCGCCUCUGUCGGCGGCCCCGCUGCUGCUCCCCGCUGGAGGGCCCGUCUGCCUCGCGUGCAACCUCUGCUGCUGGCCUUACAAGUUCAACUUGGUCGGAUGCUGGCCCUUCAAUUCCAAGCUCGGCGACGGCUACAUCUCCAAGGCGCUCGUGCUGAGCGGGUUCAAAGCGAAGUUGUCCGCCUCCGGCAAGGCAACUGCGGGCGGCGGGCCAUGCGCAGGCUGCACCGGAAACGGCGGGCCCCCGUACGAUGACUGCGAGUUCGACUUCCACGAAAUGGGCCGCACGUAUGUGACGAAGGGGGCGCGCCGGCUGCGCUGGUUCACGUGCUUCCCUCCAUGCGUGCUUUGCAACAGCAUUGACCGCUCACAGAGCCACCAGCAGAAGUUUCUGCUCUGGAUGCUCUACAAGGGCGCCUACCAGAACAAGACUCAGGGCCCCGCCUUCAACGAAUCGAAGUACGUGCCAAGUGUCUGGAAGCACCCCCCAAACCAGUGA